AUGGCCACCCGGACUCUCGAGGCUCGCUUUGACAACCUCACUGUCAAUGACGAGAAUGAUGCUCACGGUGAAUCCAAAUAUGGCAAGCUGCUUGCUUCUACGAGUCGGCCGACUCUCGUCAAGCCCUUGCCCACAUCCGCCCGGCCAUCCGCCGAGGCCGAGCUCGAGAGACGAUCCGCGGCCGCCCUGAUCGAGCAGCCUUCCAUCCCCAAGCAGUUCCAUCUCGGCAUGUUUGAGAUUGGCCGGCCUCUAGGCAAGGGAAAAUUUGGCCGCGUCUAUCUUGCCAAGGAGCGUACGAGCGGCUUCAUCUGCGCUCUCAAGGUGCUGCACAAGAACGAGCUGCAGCACGGCCGCGUCGAGAAGCAGGUCCGUCGCGAGAUUGAGAUCCAGAGUAAUCUGCGCCACCCCAACAUUCUCCAGCUAUACGGCCACUUCCACGACAGCAAGCGUCACCUGCGCCGCGAGAACCGGUUCCCCGAGUGGAAGGCCGCCCACUACAUCGCCCAGAUGGCCUCUGCCCUACGCUACCUCCACCGCAAACACGUCAUCCACCGAGACAUCAAGCCCGAGAACAUCCUCGUCGGAAUUCACGGCGAGAUCAAGAUCUCUGAUUUUGGUUGGAGCGUCCACGCCCCCAACAGUCGUCGCCAGACCAUGUGCGGCACCCUGGAUUACCUCCCGCCCGAGAUGAUUAAGCCUGGCAGCUCCGACAACUCGUACAAUGAAAAGGUUGACCUGUGGAGCUUGGGAGUCCUCACGUACGAGUUCCUGGUCGGCGAGGCGCCGUUCGAAGACUCUCAGGUCAUGACGCAGAGGAGGAUUGUGAGGUGUGAUAUGUCGAUCCCCUCCUUUGUUAGUCCGGAGGCGAGGGACCUCAUUAAGAAACUCCUCGUUUUGGACCCGGAGAAGCGGAUUCCUCUUGACCAGGUUCAGACGCAUCCCUGGAUCGUCAAGCACUGCACGAAGCCUCACGAGUAG